GGGUAAGGAAAACAAACGGGCUAAGAGUAACCAUCUAUUGUGAGGAGAAGAAAAUCUAAGAAGGACAGAAAACUUCUUCUCUCAAGAUGGAGUUUCUGUUUGGGAAGAGGAAGACCCCGGAGGAGAUGCUAAGACAGAACCAGAGGGCAUUAAAUCGGGCUAUGCGAGAUUUAGACAGAGAGCGACAGAAACUGGAGCAACAGGAGAAGAAAAUUAUCGCUGACAUAAAAAAGAUGGCCAAACAAGGACAGAUGGAUGCUGUUAAGAUCAUGGCCAAAGACUUGGUUCGCACAAGGCGUUAUGUUAAGAAAUUCAUCAUGAUGAGAGCCAAUAUCCAAGCCGUCAGUCUAAAAAUCCAAACACUCAAAUCAAACAACAGCAUGGCACAGGCCAUGAAAGGAGUUACCAAAGCCAUGGCCACCAUGAACAGACAGUUGAAGUUGCCUCAGAUUCAGAAGAUUAUGAUGGAGUUCGAACGUCAGAGUGAAAUCAUGGACAUGAAGGAAGAGAUGAUGAACGAUGCAAUCGAUGAUGCCAUGGGUGAUGAAGAUGAUGAGGAGGAGAGUGAUGCUGUGGUCUCCCAAGUGCUCGAUGAGCUGGGCCUUACUCUCUCAGACGAACUUUCAACCUUGCCGGCUCCUGGAGGAAGUCUCUCAGUGGCUGGAGGAAAGAAGGCAGAGCCGCAGGCUGCUCUAGCAGAUGCAGAUGCUGACCUAGAGGAAAGACUCAAUAACUUGAGGAGAGACUGAGAAAUAAAAGAUGCACUUUUGGUGAAGGCUUUAAAUACGUAUACAAAUGUGUAACGUUUUGACUUUCUGAACUGAAACAUAGACGACAAGAGUUUCGGGAAAACAAAAAA